UUUUUAAAACCCCGUCUGACUUAACAACCGUUGCAGAUCGAUGAUGACCGAGCGGCUCGGAUCUGCUGUCGUCUUCAGGACACAGGAGCACCACGGCGCAUCGUCAGCCACGAAGGGCUCAGCCUGAAAUCUCGGUUUAAGCUGGAUUUUCUUUCAGAUUCCUGCCUCAUUAAUUCGAAAAAAACAUGGAGCUGCUGCCUGAUUUAUGGAAGGAGGACUACUGGCUUCCUCCUGGUGUGACCUGGAGAGACAUGGAGCAAAUGGGGGACUCCAACCGCCCCAGACCCCUGGACCUUCUCAUCGCUCUGCCCCUCGCCCUCGGCUUCGUAGCCCUCCGCUACAUGUUUGAAAGGUUUGUUGCCCCACCCAUGGCCAGGUGUCUUGGGGUGAAGAAUAGAUUUCAAGUGACCGCUGCACCAUCGCCGAAUCUGGAGUCGUUUUACAUCCAGAACAGGAGAGAGCCGACACAGAGUGAAAUGGAAGGCUUGAUGCUGUCGUGCCGCAAAACGCAGAGACAAAUAGAGACGUGGUUCAAGCGUCGCAGGAGCCAAGACAAGGCGUCUAAAACCAAGAAGUUUGGUGAAGCUGCUUGGAGGUUCUUCUUCUACCUCACAGCUUUUGUGGCUGGAUUGUCCUGCCUGGUUGAUGUGAUCCAGGUAUUUUAUAAAAAAAAUCAUCUUUAUAUUUGUCCUCCUCAGCCCAUGGAGAGAGCUCACUACUGGUACUACAUGCUGGAGCUGGGAUUUUAUGGCUCUCUGCUCCUUCGGAUCUCUGUGGAUGUCAAGAGGAAGGAUUUUAAGGAACAGGUCGUCCACCACUUGGCUACCAUCUUCCUGCUCAGUUUCUCCUAUUGUGCCAACUACAUUCGCAUCGGCACCUUGGUCAUGCUGCUCCAUGACUCCUCUGACAUCCUGCUAGAGCCUGCAAAGAUGUUCAACUACGGCGCUGGCUGGGGGAGAUCGUGUGACACCCUGUUUGUUAUGUUCGCUGUGAUCUUCCUCGUGACUCGGCUGGUGAUUUUUCCCAGCAAAAUCAUUCACACCACCCUGGUACUGUCCAUGGAGGUGUUUGAGCCUUUUGCUGGCUACUACUUUUUUAACAUCCUGCUGAUGGUGCUGCAAGGUCUGCACAUCUUCUGGGCCAAGUUGAUCUUGCGCAUGGUCUAUAAGUUCCUGAAAGGCAAGCUGGAAAAAGAUGAACGCAGUGAUGAAGAAAGUGAGGUUGAAGAGGAAGAGGAGGAUAAAGAGGAGAACAAGGACCCAGGAGUUGACUGUUACUGGGAGAAAAGUAAAGACUCUCUUAACUCCAAACUGUCUAUGCUCACCAACAGCUGUGUCCUUAACAACCUGGCCAACCACAGGUCGUCUCUGGUGGACAGAAUGCGUAAAGCUCAGUAGAAACGUUCUCCGUCUGUUGUUUUCCUUUACUAAUGUGAACUGGGUGUGUUCAGUCAGAGCGGUGUCUGUGAGUCAGAUGAUGCUACUGUCCUUCACUUUUAACUGUGAGAAACUGAAGCAGAAAACAUUCUCUUUAAAGCCGGCGUCAUAAAACAGGUGUCAUAGCGCCCUGCUACACACAGGAAGCACAAUCCUGAGCUCAGCCUCAGUAACGCUGUACAAUGAUCCAUAAUGAUUCACUGUCUUUAAAGAGGGACGGCAGCCUUCAUUUGAAAUGUUUUGUGCUUGCUAAUGUCCACUGUAGCCUUCACUGCACACGGUUUUCUUUUUAUUUAUUAGGCUCACGAAGCAAACAUUUAAAAGUACAACAGAGAUUAUUAACACGGACAUAAACCAAUAUCAAAACAAAAGAGCAGGUUGAUGUAUGUUCAUGCGUAGAUAGAAGUGCUCUUUAAUUAUUGUAAAAUACUGUUACAUUUAAAUGCUGAAAAUAAAAUGAUCAUUUAGUCUUUCUA